AUGACCGGCGCACCUUCUAUCCUGAGUAAAACGUCCAAAACCCAGAAUCAAGAUUGCGGCUUUGCAACACAAAUCAACAAGGUUUGACUUCUGCUGCGCAUGACAAGUUUAGAUCUGUAGUGUACUCGUUUUUGGUUACUUCUGGAGCCGCAUCACUAUUUCUUUAUCCUAAUUAGAGCAUAAGAAAUUCGUAGACAGCAUGAGAAAAUAGCAAAUUCCUAGACAGCAUGGUUUGCGCAUGCGAAACCCUUUCCGGCAUGCAGAUUUGCAUGACAAGUCUGGCGAGGGGACGUUUUUGCACGUGACAGCCUCUAUCGACGACGAGUACCUGAAGAGCAUGGGACUCUAUCCUGUGCAAAAGUAGAAGUAUCGUGCUCGUAAUAAUUGCAAUUAUGCAUUGCAAAUCUUUUUCCCAUAGGUAAAUCCGCAUUACAAAUUUUGUUUCUCAUGCUGAGGAAAUUUGUAAUGCAAUUCAAAUUAUACGAUUGCGAUACUUUUGUACAGCAUAGACUCGACCCCGCGACGAUCGAGGAAUGGGAUAAGAUGCUGGACCCGGGCAACAUCAACUUCGGAAUCGAAGACCCCAAUCAACAGCGGCACAGCAUGGACGACCCCGUGGACUCUACCGUUGUUGACGGCAGCACGGUACUAUGCAUUGCAAAUAUGACUGAGCCUGGAAGAUGAUCUAUGAUUUGUCUAUGUCUUGCUGAGUCGUGCAUAGCGGAGUGUCUUGUGUACGGAGCACCCGCUUUUAAAGUUAAUUUGAGCAUUACAAACGGGCUUCGAACAUGACGAAAAUCUCACUACUUCUCUCAAUGCAUGCACAGAUCUCGAGUUUCUUCGAACCCCGCAUGACAAAUCCAGCCUCCGAAUAAAUGUUUGCAUUUCAUAAAUGUCUCGGUGUGAGAACAACCUGCUCGACCCCAACAUCAUGAUCAACACCACGGAGCACUGGGACUACGCUAUCCUGAAUAAAAAUGCAUCGUCCACCCCAAAGUUCGCAUGAGCAUUUGCAUGCGCAGAGAAUGCGGGAUCUUCGCACUUAAUGACAAACAAGACCCACAAGAAAAGGUUCCAAAGAAAAGAACGCCGAACAGAAAUUAAUUGCGCCUUCCAGGAGUGUAUGCUGUUGCCUGCGCCACCCCCCAAGGAGGGCGUGGAAAGAAAACAGUGCGGUGCACGUCGGUGUCCGCGAGAGUGUAAAAAAUGUCGCUUGGGAGGGAGUGUUUUUCAACAGGACAUACGCCGAUUUAUUUUGCUUCCGCUUGUCGGAAAUUUUGGCUCCCGCGAGUCGGAAACUUUGACUUCCGCUUGUCGGAAGUUCUGGCCUUCGCUGGUCGGAUGGUCUGGCUUGGUCCGUUGUGCGGGGAUUUUCGAAUUCCGUAUGUCGGAAUAUUUUUCGUUGCCCGCUACUUCUGCGGGAUAGGUGCUGUCUGGCCGUUCUGUCCUCGGGGCAACGAACGGUGCUCCACCUCCCUGGGCGCCUCAACGACGUGGUGGGAGACUGCUCCCACCGAGCGGCCAUCCACUGGGUGGCCCGUCUGCGGUAACUGCAUAAAAUGUCGUUUGGGAGGGAGCGUUUUUCAACAGGACAUUCGCCGAGGAGGAAUCCUAUCAGGACUACGAGUACGACUGGCAGACCGAUUCCAACACGUAUCACGACGAUUCCUGGCAUGAAGAUCCCGCAUACACCGACCAGGAAGCCAGCUAUCAGGACAACGACCAAGAUGCCAGCUACCAGGACGAUCAUGCCGGCUUGUACCAAGACGACUCGGGCCCCGCGCUGGCGGCGUACCACGAGGACAACAGUGCGUCGUACCAGAAAGAUGACGGCGCGUGGUAUCAGGAGGAAGCUGGACCUUGUUCUCAUGAAGCACUUGCUGUUCCCGCCGGGCAAGACGGCACAUAUGAAGACCAAGAUGCGACCAGCUACGACCCGGAUAUCAAUUGGGGCUACGACCAUAUCGUAAGAAAAAACUGUUUCACUGUAUUAAGGAUUUUGCAAGUUUCGCAUUACAAGUUUGCUACACAUUACAAAGAAAACUUGCCAUGCGAGGAUCCUAAGGGAAAACACCCCUAAAAAACACUUGUCUUGCAGGUGUAGCAAGACAAAGAGUUCUGUGUUCCAUUUUCUGCAUCACAAGUUCACAGUGAAACAGUUUUUUCUUGCGAUAGACCAGCACGACGAACUCGACGGCCCGAGUGAAGACAUCAACCGGGAAGACGAGCACGGGUUAUCCUGAGAAAAAAGUGUUACAGUUACACGUUGUGUUGCAGGCCAAGCAAGACAGACAAGCUCUGUCAUGCCAGAAAUGCUUCAUCCGAGCUUCAUUUCAUACGUGUUUUCCCUUAUGGUCUGCGCAUCGCAAGUUUUCCCUCUCAUGCAGAGAAAAUUUGUGAUGCAGAACAAACUCCAACAAGUGUGUAACAGUAACACUUUUUUCUUGUGAUACGGGUCCACCGUUGCUGGGUACUACCAGACGAACGGAUACCAUGAAGACGCCAAAUCCUACGGGCAAGAACCUAGCUACGGCGAAGAAGCUAGCUACGGAGAAGAAGCUAGCUACGGCCAGGAAGCUAAUUACGGGCAAGAAGAUAGCUACGGCCAGGAACCCACCUACGUCCAGGAUCAUGCGGGUACCACUCACGAGGAGAACGUCGGCUACCAAAGUGUGGUCGCAGCACCACGUCCACCCAGGAAGAACCAAGUGCACGCGACCAACGAGCACGUCAGCCACGACGACGAAGCGCUUGCGAAGGCGCUGCAGUACCAGGAGUGGACCGACAAGAACCUGCAGAAAUGGCAAGCCGAGACGGCGGACGUCUGGUGGCGUGACGGCAAGGCUGGAUCCUCGUGGGACCACGAUGCUGCCUGGUACGCAGACGGCUCUCGCUGGACAGACGUAGCCGUGGCGGAGCAGUUGUGGAACGACUAUUCCCAAGGCUGGUGGGAGGCGGAAGGACAAGCGUGGUGGGACAAGCAGCAGUGGACCGUAUCGUCGGGAAAGAUUGGGUUUGGUUAUGAAAAGCGUGUUGAAGAUCAUAUCAUAUGCAGGCGUGAGAUGAAGGAGAACUUCUGUAAGUAGCUUAUGGAUGAGAAAUUUACAUCGAAACUCCUGCUCAGAAUGCUGUAGCAAAGUGCGCAUGACAGCUUCAUCACUCGUGGCGCAAUAUUCCCACUCCAUAUCCCGAAGAAGACAGCUGGACGGAGGAGCAGCAGGUCCUUUCCAGGAUGAAGACUAUAUCCACUGCGAAGAUUGCUCGGUCAGGAAAAUUUGGAACUUGUAAUGCUGAGCUUGUCAGAUGACUGACAAGCGAAAAUUUGUAUUGUGCGAGCUACAAAACAACAACACGUGUAGCUUCGUCUGCCAUUCGCAUGACAGUGAAUUUUUAGAAACUUGUCAUGCUUUUGCUUGGUCUCGCGUAGUAGACGAGGGUUUUGGAUCACAAGUUUCGAAACGAGAAAAAUCAUGUUUGCAUAGCAUAUCCGAUCGCCUGGAACAAGAGAUCUUCCACGUCCGCCUCGAGGGCCGCCGCCGCUGCAGCCGCGAAUAAAAAGCUGCAGAUAUGGAUUGCAAAAAUGUCUGAGUCUGGAAGAUUUCGAUUUGUAAUGCGGUCUUUGGAUUCCAAAAAAAUCUGUAUUGCAUGACCAGCGACAGGACUCCAAUUUGUGUUACGCGGAGAGGGCAUUUCUCAUGCGGAAUAGGCAAUAGGAAUCCCUCUAAAAAUCUGUGUUGCUAGAUCAUGCAUAACAGACAUCACGGGUCAUGCAAAAUAUGCAUGACAAGAAACCUUGCAUAUUUCCAGACCCAGACAUAUUUGCAAUGCAUAGCAGGAGCAGGCGAGCAAAACGGGGAAAAAAGGCAAGCUUGAUCCUAGCUGCAAGGCCACCUCCGGCUCCAACUUGAUCUUCGGUCCGAGCGCGACAGAGGAGGAGCGGGCGAAACAGGCAGCCGAGAUGCUUGUUGCGAAGAAGAGCGGCGGGAAAAAGCCGGCUGGUGUUUAUGACACUGCACAAGAACCCCCGCGCCCCCGUGUCAUGCAAAUCCGCAACUCCUGAUCGAUUCUACAUUCGAGCACGACUCUGCAUGACAAGGUUCAUCUCGGAGCCCAGCCCGCAUCCUCCAUGCAUUUGUCAUGCAGGCGGCACCCUGCUGAUGUCGUCUGUGAUGCUGCUCAUGUCAUGCAAGUAAUUGUAGGGGAGGGGGCGUUGUGCACUCUCAUAUUUGACUUGCUUCUGCGUCUGCGAGCAGCUGCAGCAGCAGAUCAUCAGGCUCGACGAAAUUAUCCGCCUCAGGAACUACGCCUGGCCAGAACUACCAGAAAUUGACCACGGUGCAGAAGAGCAAGCGGCCGGUGAAGUAUCCCAUGCCGUGUGAUCUCGAUGAGGACAUCGUCGCUGACCCUCCGCUAUCAACUGCAAAUAUGUCUGGGUCUGGAAAAAUUGGAAUCUGUAUUGCUUGUUUUGCACUCCUGUAGAAUUUGUAUUGCGUGACCGACAAAAGUGCGAAUUCUCUGUCAUGCAAAAACGCAGUUUCUCAUGCGCAUUACACAUGAGGAAGUGCUGUCCUGAAAAUUUGUCAUGCUUGGCAGCUCUCAGGAAUAGACUCAAUCAUCGCCACUUCGCAUCACAAGUUUCCAGACCCGGACAUAUUUGCAGUGCAUAGUCGCCGGUGGUGAACCGGGACGACGAGAACGAGUUUCCCGGUCUGCACGCUGCGUUGCAGGCAUCGAAGAAGGACUUCUUGAAACGGGCAAAGAAGACCGUCCUUGCAGCGAGUGCGAGUGAACAAAAAGACGCGAUGAACACGAAGGAAAAAAAGACGACGAAGGAAAAAAAGACCACGGAAAAGUCCGCCUCAUCCACCGCUCGAAGCAGUAAAGACCCUGGUCCACCGGAGCCGGCGAAAAAGCCGAAGAAGGAAAAGAAAAGCAAAAAAGAGAAAAAAUCCUCUUCGAGGAGCAGCAGCAAAAAGGCAGAAGAAGAUGCACCAAAAACAAAGAAGAUAAAGCGAGAAAAGGUGGACGCAAGUGCGGGUGGCAGCAGCAAGGCCAAGGCAGCAGUUCCGACGGCGCCAACGAAAAAUCAGAGUGCGAGUAGCAGUGGUAGCAGCAAAGCGACCAGUGGAACUACUGCUGCGCCGCAGCCAGCUCCUGCAGCGCAGCCAGCUGCCGCAGUACAACAACGGGGCCCUACUGCGGUUUUAACACAGCCGGGGGCCGUGGCGCAACCACAGGUCGUGUCGCAGCAGCGAAAGUGGUGGGAGAAACCGGUCUACAGUGAUGACGACGACAGCGUGGAGUCGCGGUCUCCACGGGUUUUCCCGGCCGACGAAAGCGACGCGUACUGGUCAGACGACGAGGGGCUGACGGAGGUUCCGACGGUUGGGAAGCCCUUGAAGUCGAUGCUGCUCGACUUCAUCAACCUGGAGUCGAAGGUGGACGAGGCGGGCGAGACCGACUUCGUGCAGUUUCAGGGGUUUUUCCGAGAAUGGCUCGAGGAGAAGGAACUGUUCGAGGAGAACGAAAUUGAAAGUCGGCCCUUGCACGAGAUUCUGACCAUGAUCGCGGACGAACCCAUUGGGGAAGACGACAUUCUCCAGGACUGCUUGCGCCAACUGGACGGCGUUCUCACGCGGCGCUGCAAGACGUUGGACACCGUACAGAAGUAUGGAUUGCAAAAAUGUCUGGAUCUGGAAACUUGUAAUGCUGCGUUGGGAAUAGUGAAUGCUCUGCAAUGCACAUCCAAGCAUGAGAAAUAUCUGCGCUUCUUUGUGUUGCGUUGCGUUUUUGCAUGACAGGCAAAAGGGUCUCUUCUCGGACACGCAUCACAAACCUUUUGGUCAUGCCAGACAAGCAUGACAAAUCUCUCAAUCUUCCAGACCCAGACAUUUUUGCCUGUGAUAAGAAGCGCGACGUGCGGCCCAAGGAAAAGACGUGGAUCUGCGACCCUUGCCUGUACCUCCCGCCGCGGGGCGAUUGGAUCGACCUGGAAAAGAAUCCGCAGGCCCGCGAACUGCUCAGCGUGGUGCGCGGCGGAACAUUAUCGUGCGUAGCACCUCGGCGUCGUCUUCUGCAAUCUGGGGUUUUGUCAUGCGUGACGCCGUUGGAGUCCCAGAAAGAUGAAAAGAGAAAAACAAAUUCGGUGCGCAGUGCAGCAUUAGGUUUAUAGAGCAACCUCAACCUCCGCAAGGACAUGGAGUUAUAAUUUGUGUUUUUCUUUCUGAUUCUGAUAAGCGGUUGAAAGUUUGCAUGGGAGGAGGAGUUGCAGAAAGCAAAAGGGGUGCUGCUACACAGGAUAAACACCUCAGGACAUCCACAACGCGGUACACAGGUGUCGCAACAUCAACAUCGGCUUUAUCCGGGACCACCGCGGGCGAUGCGUGAUGCACUACGCGGCGCAGAAGGGCAACGUCGCGGCGCUCGAGUACUUUGGGCCGCUAGCUAACGCCUUGGAUACGGAGGGUUGGGCGCCCCUACACUACGCGGCGUACUUUGGAAACCGUAUCUCCUGCGAUCGCCUGGUCCAGCUGGGUGCCGACAUCGAUAUGGUCUGCCUGCCAAAUGGUAAAACCGCUUUUGAUUACGCGGAGGACGGUAUGAUGAAGUGCACUAUGGUGUCCCUCGCUAUCCACGGCGCUAGCAGCAUGAAGGCCCGGAAACUGGCAGCAAACUUCGUGGAGAGCUUGUCCGCCACCUACCGUCGGCAAAUCGUGGCCGAGCAGCUGAACAUGGACGCCGCGAAGCUUGCCGCGCUCGCGAACGGAACGGCGACUCGGGAAAAGCCAGUGGACAAGCGAAGCCCCGUCGAGAUAAUGCUUCAGGGGGACGACGUGCUGCGGGCACAGCCGGCAACGACGGGCGAAGGCUUGCGGAAAGCCGCGGAAGCAGCCGCUGCUGCCUUGGCCAGAGAGAAGGAGAACGCCGCGAAAAGAGCGACCGCAGCCGCCCAACGCAAGAUGGGGUCGAAGAUGGAAACGAGGGCGAACUACGGUGCGAACGGAAACGGCGAAAAUAAACCGAGAAAGAACCAGUGGAAGAAAGACGAGAAUGGCGAGUGGAAGAAAACGGUCUGGCACCGGGAUCCGAACGGCGAGUGGCGGCAGAUUGACAAGCUCUGGCGGAAAAACGAUGAGGGCAAAUGGAUGAAGAAAGAGGGUGACGGAGAAUGGAUCGUCGUACGCAUGGAAAAUGUAGUGUCUUAAUGGUCUGCUGGACAAGUUGAACUUGUGAUGCGAAUCUUCCAUUCGUAGAAAAUAUGUAUUUCUGCAAGAUCAAAAACGCAGGUUUGUAAACUGUUUCACCCAAUCACAUUCAGCAUCACAAGUUUCCAGACCCAGACACAUCUUUGCAAUUCACACCCCGACCACAAGAACGACGUGAAGAAGGACAAGCCGGACUGGAUAUGCACCGAGAAAUAGGAUGAGUGUCUCAAGGAGUUUGCUGCAGCUGCUGCUAAAAAAAUCGUCCUUAUGUAUGAAAGGACCAAAAAACAGAAUUGUGCUGGGGCUGGGUUUGGCCCUCUGCAUGGCAGCGUUUGUUUUGGUCGUUUGCUGGUUUCACCACAUGCCCCUGCUGGAAGCAGGUCUUUAUGUAUCUCUUUGGAAAAAUGCAUGACAGAGUACUAUCGAAGCAUGCACGCUGAGCAUCGCAAAAUUUGUACUCUCUCUGACACGCACAUUUGCGGUUGAUACCUGAACAAGAAGCAGGAUAAGUGGAAGAAGGACGAGAACGGGCACUGGGUCAGUUAUCCAACAAAAUAAAUCGAAUCGAAGUAAAAAGUUGUCUCGUGCGAGAUCGCAGCACCUCUAGUAGGGGAAGAUAAUUAUACGUGAGUUUGGAGAAAUGAACUUGUGCAGGGAGCUACGACCGCGUUGGGCCACAACUGGUCCGCUUCCUGCUGCAAAGCGGGGGCGUCUUGUGGUUUCACGGUGCAGUCAGUGCCCUCAGGGGCGGCUUCUUGUACCGCGGCCCGCGUUUGGGAGGCCGGCCCCUCUUCGGAGCGGGUUUUUGUGGCGUAGCCAGCAGUGAGUAAACCGGUCCCCUGGGAAGGACUCUUUGCGGGCGGUGAUUCCAAUUGCUCUACGCAUAGACGCCCACCCUCCGCCAGGGCGCUCGCCUUCCGCCAGGGCGCUCGCCUCUCGCCUAGGCGACCGCCCCCCGACUAGGUGAGUCGUGUAGAGUUUCAACUAGAAACCCCCGCGCCGAAGUUCCGCGGCCUUGGAAGUUCUAAACGAACAAACUAAGCCCAGCACAAAAAAAGGGACCCCCUCAGCGAGAAACCCCCGCGCCAAAGUGCCGAAAAAAUUGUUGCAAAAAGGUAGCGGCAUGGGCGACAGCGUGCGGGGAACUGCGCAGAGCUUGGCGGGCUUGGUCGCUAGUUUGCAACAUUCCUGCCGCCGGCAGGGCUGUUGUGAAGUGCUGCAAAAAGGGAGCAGCAAGAAUGGGCGACAGCGUGCAGGGAACGGCGCAGAACUAAAGCCCGCCAAGUUCUGUGCCGUUCCCCUGUCGCACUCUCGGCAGAGAGCUCCCGGAGAGUGUGCGACCCCUAUCGCACUCUGAUGGUGCGCCAUGCAUCUUCGGGCGCUGUCCGUUCUUUGGUCUGGCUCGCCAUUUUGGCGGCUUGGUUGUCGGCAGAAUUUGGCAGGAUUUUGCCAGCCGGCGCGGAGCUGCCGGAGAGAGUGCGACCCCUAUCGCACUCUGAUGGUGUGCCAUGCGUCUUCGGGCGCUGCCCGUUCUUUGGUCUGGCUCGCCGUUCUGGCGGUUUGGUUGUCGGCAGAAUUUGGCAGGAUUUUGCCAGCCGGCGCGGAGCUCCCGGAGAGAGUGCGACCCCUAUCGCACUCUGAUGGUGUGCCAUGCAUCUUCGGGCGCUGUCCGUUCUUUGGUCUGGCUCGCCAUUCUGGCGGCUGGGUUGUCGGCAGAAUUUGGCAGGAUUUUGCCAGCCGGCGCGGAGCACCCACCCGGAGAGAGUGCGACCCCUAUCGCACUCUGAUGGUGUGCCAUGCAUCUUCGGGCGCUGUCCGUUCUUUGGUCUGGCUCGCCAUUCUGGCGGCUGGGUUGUCGGCAGAAUUUGGCAGGAUUUUGCCAGCCGGCGCGGAGCACCCACCCGGAGAGAGUGCGACCCCUAUCGCACUCUGAUGGUGUGCCAUGCAUCUUCGGGCGCUGUCCGUUCUUUGGUCUGGCUCGCCAUUCUGGCGGCUGGGUUGUCGGCAGAAUUUGGCAGGAUUUUGCCAGCCGGCGUGGAGCACCCAGCCGGAGAGAGUGCGACCCCUAUCGCACUCUGAUGGUGCGCCAUGCAUCUUCGGGCGCUAUCCGUUCUUUGGUCUGGCUCGCCAUUCUGGCGGUUUGGUUGUCGGCAGAAUUUGGCAGGAUUUUGCCAGCCGGCGCGGAGGUCCCGGAGAGAGUGCGCCCCCUAUCGCACUCUGAUGGCGCGCCAUGCAUCUUCGGGCGCUGUCCGUUCUUUGGUCUGGCUCGCCAUUCUGGCGGUUUGGUUGUCGGCAGAAUUUGGCAGGAUUUUGCCAGCCGGCGCGGAGGUCCCGGAGAGAGUGCGCCCCCUAUCGCACUCUGAUGGCGCGCCAUGCAUCUUCGGGCGCUGUCCGUUCUUUGGUCUGGCUCGCCAUUCUGGCGGUUUGGUUGUCGGCAGAAUUUGGCAGGAUUUUGCCAGCCGGCGCGGAGGUCCCGGAGAGAGUGCGCCCCCUAUCGCACUCUGAUGGCGCGCCAUGCAUCUUCGGGCGCUGUCCGUUCUUUGGUCUGGCUCGCCAUUCUGGCGGUUUGGUUGUCGGCAGAAUUUGGCAGGAUUUUGCCAGCCGGCGCGGAGCUCCCGGAGAGAGUGCGCCCCCUAUCGCACUCUGAUGGCGUGCCAUGCAUCUACGGGCGCCAGGUGCCUAGCGAUUCAUCGACAACCCCAAGGCGGUGGAUUUUUCCCCGGCUUUGGGAGGAGCAAGAAAGGGCACACCGCGGAGCCGGUAAACAAUUCGGCGACAGCCGCAGACGAUUGGGGCGAGGAGGUGCCGAGCAAUUCAUCGACAACCCCAAGGCGGUGGAUUUUUCCCCGGCUUUGGGAGGAGCAAGAAAGGGCACACCGCGGAGCCGGUAAACAAUUCAUCGACAGCCGCAGAGCAUCGGGGCUAGGUGGUGCCGAGCAAUUCAUCGACAACCCCAAGGCGGUGGAUUUUUCCCCGGCUUUGGGAGGAGCAAGAAAGGGCACACCGCGGAGCCGGUAAACAAUUCAUCGACAGCCGCAGAGCAUCGGGGCUAGGUGGUGCCGAGCAAUUCAUCGACAACCCCAAGGCGGUGGAUUUUUCCCCGGCUUUGGGAGGAGCAAGAAAGGGCACACCGCGGAGCCGGUAAACAAUUCAUCGACAGCCGCAGAGCAUCGGGGCUAGGUGGUGCCGAGCAAUUCAUCGACAACCCCAAGGCGGUGGAUUUUUCCCCGGCUUUGGGAGGAGCAAGAAAGGGCACACCGCGGAGCCGGUAAACAAUUCAUCGACAGCCGCAGAGCAUCGGGGCUAGGUGGUGCCGAGCAAUUCAUCGACAACCCCAAGGCGGUGGAUUUUUCCCCGGCUUUGGGAGGAGCAAGAAAGGGCACACCGCGGAGCCGGUAAACAAUUCAUCGACAGCCGCAGAGCAUCGGGGCUAGGUGGUGCCGAGCAAUUCAUCGACAACCCCAAGGCGGUGGAUUUUUCCCCGGCUUUGGGAGGAGCAAGAAAGGGCACACCGCGGAGCCGGUAAACAAUUCAUCGACAGCCGCAGAGCAUCGGGGCUAGGUGGUGCCGAGCAAUUCAUCGACAACCCCAAGGCGGUGGAUUUUUCCCCGGCUUUGGGAGGAGCAAGAAAGGGCACACCGCGGAGCCGGUAAACAAUUCAUCGACAGCCGCAGAGCAUCGGGGCUAGGUGGUGCCGAGCAAUUCAUCGACAACCCCAAGGCGGUGGAUUUUUCCCCGGCUUUGGGAGGAGCAAGAAAGGGCACACCGCGGAGCCGGUAAACAAUUCAUCGACAGCCGCAGAGCAUCGGGGCUAGGUGGUGCCGAGCAAUUCAUCGACAACCCCAAGGCGGUGGAUUUUUCCCCGGCUUUGGGAGGAGCAAGAAAGGGCACACCGCGGAGCCGGUAAACAAUUCAUCGACAGCCGCAGAGCAUCGGGGCUAGGUGGUGCCGAGCAAUUCAUCGACAACCCCAAGGCGGUGGAUUUUUCCCCGGCUUUGGGAGGAGCAAGAAAGGGCACACCGCGGAGCCGGUAAACAAUUCAUCGACAGCCGCAGAGCAUCGGGGCUAGGUGGUGCCGAGCAAUUCAUCGACAACCCCAAGGCGGUGGAUUUUUCCCCGGCUUUGGGAGGAGCAAGAAAGGGCACACCGCGGAGCCGGUAAACAAUUCAUCGACAGCCGCAGAGCAUCGGGGCUAGGUGGUGCCGAGCAAUUCAUCGACAACCCCAAGGCGGUGGAUUUUUCCCCGGCUUUGGGAGGAGCAAGAAAGGGCACACCGCGGAGCCGGUAAACAAUUCAUCGACAGCCGCAGAGCAUCGGGGCUAGGUGGUGCCGAGCAAUUCAUCGACAACCCCAAGGCGGUGGAUUUUUCCCCGGCUUUGGGAGGAGCAAGAAAGGGCACACCGCGGAGCCGGUAAACAAUUCAUCGACAGCCGCAGAGCAUCGGGGCUAGGUGGUGCCGAGCAAUUCAUCGACAACCCCAAGGCGGUGGAUUUUUCCCCGGCUUUGGGAGGAGCAAGAAAGGGCACACCGCGGAGCCGGUAAACAAUUCAUCGACAGCCGCAGAGCAUCGGGGCUAGGUGGUGCCGAGCAAUUCAUCGACAACCCCAAGGCGGUGGAUUUUUCCCCGGCUUUGGGAGGAGCAAGAAAGGGCACACCGCGGAGCCGGUAAACAAUUCAUCGACAGCCGCAGAGCAUCGGGGCUAGGUGGUGCCGAGCAAUUCAUCGACAACCCCAAGGCGGUGGAUUUUUCCCCGGCUUUGGGAGGAGCAAGAAAGGGCACACCGCGGAGCCGGUAAACAAUUCAUCGACAGCCGCAGAGCAUCGGGGCUAGGUGGUGCCGAGCAAUUCAUCGACAACCCCAAGGCGGUGGAUUUUUCCCCGGCUUUGGGAGGAGCAAGAAAGGGCACACCGCGGAGCCGGUAAACAAUUCAUCGACAGCCGCAGACCAUUGGGGCUAGGAGGUGCCGAGCAAUUCAUCGACAACCCCAAGGCGGUGGAUUUUUCCCCGGCUUUGGGAGGGGCAAGAAAGGGCACACCGCGGAGCCGGUAAACAAUUCAUCGACAGCCGCAGACCAUUGGGGCUAGGAGGUGCCGAGCAAUUCAUCGACAACCCCAUGGCGGUGGAAGGAUUUCCCCCCGGCUUUGGGAGGAGCAAGAAAGUGCGCACCUCGGAGCCGGUAGACAAUUCAUCGACAGCCGCAGACCAUUGGGGCUAGGAGGUGCCGGGCAAUUCAUCGACAACCCCAAGGCGGCGGAUUUUUCCCCGGCUUGUGGAGGAGCAAGAAAGGGCACACCGCGGAGCCGGUAGACAAUUCAUCGACAGCCGAAGACCACUGGCGUCAUGAGGUGCCUAGCAAUUCAUCGGCAACCCCUAGGCGGUGGAUUUUUCCCCGGCUUUGGGAGAAGCAAGAAAGGGCACACCGCGGAGCCGGUAGGCAAUUCAUCGACAGCCGCAGACCAUUGGCGUUAUGAGGUGCCUAGCAAUUCAUCGACAACCCCAAGGCGGUGGCUUUUUCUUCGGCUUUGGGAGGAGCAAGAUAGGGCACACAGCGGAGCCGGUAAACAAUUCAUCGACGGCCGCAGACCAUUGGCGUUAUGAGGCGCGCUGUCCGUUCUUUGGUCUGGCUCGCUAUUCUGGCGGCUUGGUUGUCGGCAGAAUUUGGCAGGAUUUUGCCAGCCGGCGCGGAGCUCCCGGAGAGAGUGCGACCCCUAUCGCACUCUGAUGGCGUGCCGUGCAUCUUCGGGCGCUGCUCGUUCUUUGGUCCGGGUCGUCAUUCUAGCGGCUUGGUUGCUGGCAGAAUUUGGCAGGAUUUUGCCAGCCGGCGCGGAGCUCCCUCCCGGAGAGAGUGCGACCCCUAUCGCACUCUCUUGGUGUGCCGUGCGUCGCGGGUUGCCGCCCGUUCUUCGGCGUGGCACGCCGAAGAACGGCACGCCGUGCCGUGCGUCGCGGAAUGGCUCGAAAUGGCUUAAAAACCCCGCCCCGCCCGAGGAAGCGGGCGGCGGGGCGGCGAGUUUGGGAAAAAUCCCCGCGGUCGACACCUUCGCGAAAUGGCUCAAAAACCCCGGCCCGAGGAGGCGGGCGGCGGGGCGGCGAGUUUGGGAAAAAUCCCCGCGAUCUGCACCUUCGUGGAGUGGUUCAAUCAAAAACCCCGGCCCAAGGAGGCGGGCGGCGGGGCGGCGAGUUUGGGAAAAAUCCCCGCGAUCUGCUCCUUCGUGGAAUGGUUCAAAAACCCCGCCCCAAGGAGGCGGGCGGCGGGGCGGCGAGUUUGGGAAAAAUCCCCGCGAUCUGCACCUUCGCGGAAAGGCAGGCAGAGAAGUGGCAACGAGCCACGGGGCCCGAGGUGUUCGAAAGUAGGGCAAAGAAUUGGCAGCGGGCUGCUGUCGGCCGGGCAGCUGGCCCAGCUGCCCCUUCGCAGCUGGGCCAGAAGUUACGCACGUACCCAGCUGCUGGGUACGUGCGUAAAGCUUUAGAGGGCUCAGAGGCGGGGGGCUCAACCUCUGCGAGCGAGCUCGCGUGAGAAACAAACCUCGACUUGCAAUUUCGCUUGCAUACCACGAUGGAAAACAAGCCGCGCUGGAAGAGGAAUGCCAGCGGCGAGUGGGUGCAGGAAUAGCUGCGGAAAAGAAGGUCUAUCCUGGGGAAAAACGUAUCUAUCUCGUCCCGAUAGCAUGCAGGAAGAGCUUCGCGAUACGAGUGGAGAAGCUUAUUUGUGAACUCCACAUAGUGCAAUGAUUUGGACACGCGGCGGAGCCGUGCCAUCACAAGAAGGUGUGGACGAAGAAAUAGAUCAAAACUUUGUCGCCAUGAAUAAAGAAUUAGGAUGAGGAAGCACAAGUAGUUUUGAACUUACAAACUUUUAGGAAGCACAAGUAGUUUUGAACUUAAAAACUAUUGCCCUCCAACCAUACCAAUUUUAAAUAUGCCGCGUUUUUUUUUUCGUGCCUCAGUAGAAGGUUCAUGACCAACAAAAGCUUCAAAACCGAUCGGAGUAUUGUUCAGCCAUUCUAACGAUUAAACAAGACGAAGUAGCGACUAUACCAGAUUUUUUUCGAAAUGCACCGUCUGAUGUGACUUCAGAUUCACAUCACUGAUUUGCAGUGACUGAAAUUCCUCGAUUUGCCCGCAGCAGCAGAUAACGAAGUAUUCGAUUAUUAUCCAGUGCAAAUAGAUCUGGGUAGGGAAAAGUCCAGCCUUUGUCAUGCGACCCCUUAUUCAAAAAAAAGAAAUCUGUGUUGCAUGCACGCAAAAACCUGCCCAAUUCUGGCUAGGCAAAACGCCGAUUUCUCGCAAAAUCUGUGAUGCUGCUGAGUGCAUUUCAGACCAUGUGGGUGGUCCGUGAAAGGCAUGACAGAUCUUGCAUUCUUCCAGACCCAGACAUUUUUGAAAUGCAUACAUAUGUUCAAUUUUUCCGUUUAUUUUCGACUGGUCCCACGACGAUCAAAAAUCCGUAUCAACUGCAAAUAUGUCUGGGUCUGCAAAGUUGGAACCUGUGAUGCUAACUGUGGACUCCAAAAAAAUCUGUAUUGCAUGACCAGCAAGAGGAGUUCAGGUUGUGCUACGCGGGAAGUGCAUUUAUCAUGCGGAAUAGGCAUCAGGACGCCUUGUAAAAAUCUGUGACGAGGCUAGGUCAUGCAUUACAGGCAUCAUGGGCCAUGCAAAACAUGCAUGAGAGACCUUGCAUUCUUCCAGACGCAGACAUAUUUGCAGUGCAUAAUCUUCCGGUUUGAUAUGACGAUAAUCGUAGUUUUUUAUUUCUCUCUCUCUCUCUAUCUCCGGGUCUACUUCCUGUGGUUCCUUUUGAAACCAAAGCCGUUUCCCAACAAUGAUUGAAAAAAAGCAAAAAGCACGAAAAAAAGGAUUUGUCUAGAUAAUUAUCGUAGAGACAAUGAGGAACGUGCCAUGGUGAGUUGAGGCCUAUUUCUUUGCGGCGCCAGUUAGUAGUUGAUGUUCAAGGAUCAUUUUCUUGUAUUGAUAGCCACACACGACUGGUAGGAGCACGAAGAAACUAUUCGUAUAAACGCUUCUAUACCUCCGACAGAACAGGUCCCCGGCGCCAGAGAUGGAUUGUUUAAUAAGCUCCAGGCGGGUACGUAGCUUUCACUAGUAUCAGCGUUUUCAGCUCUCGGUAAGAAGAAAAAGACCUCAAGAUCUCGUUAGCAAAACACAGCACCGGUAGUAUGAAGUAGACAAGUGAGAGGGAAGCGCAAAAGCAAAACAGAUCCUGUUCCGUGCCGGGG